UUCAGUCGACUGUUUACGUCUGUCGUCACUUCAAGAAACCGCAGCGCGAAACUAAAUCCUGGCUGCACCGAAUAUUUAUUCCGCAAAGACUCGGUCACCACAGCCUCGUUAUGAAACGUUUCUCGUUUAUAUUUGUGUUAAAUAUUAACGUCGGUUUUGUUGCCCGUAAGAAUUUUCUAAAUGCAUUCGGAAAUUGUGUUCCCUGUGGUAGGGUCACGUAUAAAGAGGACAGAUGGCGUUUGUGCAGAGUGUACCGGAUCGUUACUGCCGAGCUUGUAAGGGAAUGUACCUUGAAUCGAUUUUAAUCGAUAUAAUCAAAUACUGCAGUCCGGAGUUGAGCAGUUGUGGAGACAAGGACGAGAGAAGUUUCAAAGAAAAUGGUGAGCCAGUGAAUUGUAGACAAGAUGGCGGGCAACUGCACCAACAUGUGGGAGAGUAAUGCGACCGUCGUGACGUACCUAAACGUGACGUGUGAGCUGCCAAUUCGAUACGCCCAGCCCAUGUACGGCUAUGUGGUACCCUUCCUGCUUGUGAUCACCAUCAUCGCCAACACGCUGAUCGUUGUGGUGCUGUCCAAACGGCAUAUGCGCACGCCUACUAAUGCGGUAUUAAUGGCCAUGGCACUCUCUGACAUGUUCACUCUGCUUUUCCCUGCCCCUUGGCUAUUCUACAUGUACACGUUUGGUAACCAUUACAAACCGCUGUCACCUGUAGGGGCCUGCUAUGCCUGGAACAUCAUGAAUGAAGUGAUACCAGCCAUGUUCCACACAGCAUCCAUCUGGCUUACAUUGGCACUUGCUGUCCAGAGGUACAUAUACGUGUGCCACGCACCGAUGGCACGCACGUGGUGCACAAUGCCCCGAGUGCUGAAGUGUGUGGGCAUCAUCGCCCUGCUGGCCACCUUGCACCAAUCCACCCGCUUUGUUGACCGGGUGUACAAGCCACUGGAGGUGCGGUGGGAAGAUGACAAGGUGGUAACAGUGUGCCAACAUAUCUGGGCCAACUGGGUCACCUAUAUCAACCUGGAUGUGUACUUCACGUUCUACUUCUGCUUCCGUGUGAUAUUCGUUCAUGUGGUGCCAUGUGUAUCGCUAGUCGUUCUGAACGUGUUGCUGUUCCGUGCCAUGCGAGAGGCACAGCUUAAGCGUGAGAAACUUUUCAAGGAGAAUCGAAAGAAUGAGUGCAAGCGACUGUGGGAUUCAAACUGCACAACUCUCAUGCUCAUCGUCGUGGUCACAGUCUUCCUCCUGGUGGAGAUACCCCUCGCCGUGGUCACUGUACUCCACAUAAUCUCCAGCAGCGUGACUGAGAUUUUGGACUACUCCAUUGCAAAUGUGCUCAUUCUGUUUACCAAUUUCUUCAUCAUUGUCAGCUACCCUAUCAAUUUUGCGAUCUAUUGCGGAAUGUCUCGUCAGUUCAGGGAGACUUUCAAGGAGCUCUUUGUACGGGGAACUGUUACGACACGCGCAAAUGGGGGUAGCUCUCGGUACUCUCUCGUCAACGGACCUCGAACCUGCACCAACGAGACUGUCCUAUAAUGCUUCGGUCUAAUAACAUAGCUUAUGCUUAAGUGUGUCUCAUUUGUGUUAUCUUCAGGGCCAUAACUUGACGCUAUCAGAAAUAUUUAUGGUAAAACAGAAUUUUAAAAUAAUUUAAUUUAAUUUGUGUUAUGAACUCAGCAUUUGAGGUGGCCUACCAGAAUCUUAAGUGAGGAUAGUACUUGAGUACUGUUAACUUGAACUCUGACUUUCUAUGAUAUUUCUAUGAAGUAUUUUUUUUUCUUACUUUCGUAGAAUCCUGGGAUCAGAAUUUCAUAUCAAGAAGAGAACGCAUGGACUCAUGUCUCUUCGUACAAGUGGAAAAUAAUCGACGCUGACGUGAAAUAUUAAUGUAACGCAGAUUGUCUGCUUAAAAAAUGCUUCAAUUAGGGUUAAGACAGAGGUAACUCACAUAGUCGUCAAUCUACAAUUGUCACGUCAUUUGGAAAAUAUUUCUCUUUGACCAACGACAAUUUUUUUUAUAUAUCAAAGUUUGAUAAAUGUUGUCAGAAGGACUUUCAGUGAAUAUGAGAACUGAUAAUUCUAAAAUGUUCUAUUUUGUUCGUCUACUGUAAAUAUAAGAGCACAGACUUAUGUGACGCUUGUGGUCGCGAUGUAUUUCUAUUUGUGUUGGAAUUGGCAGCAAUCACUGUCUUUGUCUGAUCCACGUCUCUGUAUGUGUUAAAAAAUUAAUUAUUUGUACAUAUAAUCGACACGACGGAGAAAGGUGUAUCUGCGUGUAAAAGAUAGGACCUCAAGUCAGAAACAGGGUUUUCUGUCUGUGGUGAAGAUACUUAGGACUCGAUCUGAUUAUUUUUCAACCAUUUUCUGCUCGUUUAUUUCGUCUGCUAAAAUUUCAGAGUUAGUAUUGAUCAAAUUUUAAGAGGAAAAGGCUCUUUUUAAUUUUCAUCUUAACCUCUGAGUUUCAAAUAAAAUAUUUAAUUUCUCGCUGCUCUAAUAAAAUGUCCAUUUAAUUAACUCCUACAUUAAAAAAACUGACAGUAAGACUGAGGGGUGUAAAACCAUUUUCUUUUUACCCUAUUGAUCAUAUGUAUUUUUUUUUAACAUUUUUGCUCUGGGGCCCACCCGGCCUCCUAUCCAAUGAACACAGGGAUUCUUUCCUGGGGGUAAAGCCGGCCGGGGCAUGACGCUAACCACUCAUCCUUAUCUAGUGCUGAGGUUAAUGAGUAGGAGCUCUCUCCCCAAGUGGCUAUAUGGAGUAAAGUGGGGCAGUUUUUUACUGAUAUACUAAAAUCUUUUGAGGAAUCUGUUAUAGAAAUAAUUAAUCGGCAUUAAAAGUUUAAAUUGGUUUUAUUUUAAAAAUUUUCCACUGGGGGAAGCCAUGUAGAAACAAGUUCAAGAGAGAUUCCCAUUGGCUCGUCACAUUUUCCCGUAUUUUGAGGAAACACGUAAACUAUUUAGGGAAUGUUGAGUAUAUUAAGUGAGUCCAUAGAAAUACUUAUCACUUCACUUAAAUAUCUUUUAAAGUGGUUUGGGCAAAGUGCUUUUGCUGAUAAUUAGCUCCCAUAAUCAUGUUUUCUUCAAAUCAUGCAAGUGAGAAAGAUUCAAAAUAUAAAUAUUUAGCACACAGAAUUAUCUUCCAUGGCUCUCCGGUCCGUAUUCGAUCCAUGGCCUCCUCAAUUCUCCUCUGUCCGAAGCUUUGAUCGAGGUUUCGAAACAUCUUCCUUUUUACGGUGCAAGGUUGUUAGCCUUGCGACCAACCCCCCAACCUGGAGGACCAGGGUACCUGUCUUAUAUAUAUUAUUGUAAUAACAGGUAAAUAUGCCCUCUGUCGCCCUGAAAGCAUACAGGGAACAAUGCAAUACAGAACUUGGUAUUUGGUAUAGAUCCGUCAUCCACUUGAAAGUCGAUCACGUUAUCUACUGAGCUAUCGUGAUUCACUUCAUAGUUCGGCUUAUAGGUUAACAGCUCUCUUUUUUUAUAACGGUGUUCAAGCAGAAGACUUGGUUCGAAAAUUCUAGUACGAAAUACUGUCUUUGAAAUGUUGCUAUAAAUCAUGAAAUGAAUCAAAACAGUUGAAGAUAACAGAAUAGGAAACUGAGACCGACUCUAAUAAAAUAUUCCCGGAUAAAGUUAGCAUCUUCUGAUGAGCUAAUCAGUGUUCAGGACUGGAACUGAGCCCCCAAUAAGAUCUGAACACUGACUGGCUGAUCGCAUCAGUCAGAGAGAGUGAUUGCAUCUUUGUUGUUGUUGUUGUUGUUGUUGUCGUUGUUCCAAUCGUACAACCUUAAUUUAUCAGACUGUAGAAACAAGAGACUUAAAACAUCAACAAUGCUGGAAACAUGUAUGCAAUGUUUUUUUUGUGUAUAUAUGUAUAUUUGUUCACUACAGCAGUACAGUAUGAAAUAAAUUAUGUCGUGCACAUCCAGUUUU